UAUGACGUAUUACGUGUUGAUUGGUUGAACUUAGCGCGCGACAUGGCGAAGUGAUGAGAAUUAAACAGUUUAGAAUUGUUUUUAUUUGCAUGAAUAAAUAAAACCAUGUUGGUGCAGGUGCGUUAAACCGUAACUAAAAACAAACAACGUUUUUUUAAAAUAAUGUCUACGCCUCUAGAUAGUUAAUGAGUAUUUUCCGAGGUGCACGAGGAUGGACUGCGUCGCUACAGGAGGAAACGUCAAAGUGCUGGCCAAAGCAAUACACUCCCUUUCAAGGAUUGGAGAAGAACUUUACUUGGAGCCCACUGAGGAUGGGCUAACCCUGCGUGCAGUGAACUCAUCUCGAUCAGCGUUUGCCUAUUUCCUGAUGUCUCCGCUCUUUUUCCAGAGGUUCAAGCAUCCACCAGACCAAGCCUUUCGCUGCAAAAUGCCCAUCAAAAGUGUACAGACAGUGUUCAGGUCUCUCUCAUCUCUAGAGCGCUCUGUGGAAAAGUGCCGCAUUGAGAUAAACACUGAGAAGAGUCGUUUGAGAAUCACACUCCACUGCAAAUAUGGGCUUUUAAAGACACACAACCUGUCCUUUCAGGACUGUGAGUGUUUGCAAGCAGUGUUUAACAAGGACACCUGCACCAACGUGCUCCGAGCUCAACCCAGGUUGUGGGUGGAUACAGUACUGCAUUUCCCACCCUCUCUGGAUGAAGUGAACGUAUCUGUGAGCAGCGAUCGAGUUUGGCUCAGGAACCACGUGGAAGACGAUGCAGACUCAUCAAAAGCCAUGAUGACCGAGUUGUGUUUGAGCUCCGAUGAAUUCGAUCACUUUGCUAUUGGCUCUGAGACCAGCAUCACCUUUUGUCUUAAAGAACUCCGGGGUUUAUUAGUGUUUGCUGAAACAGCAGGUCUUCCCAUCUCCAUGUACUUUGAAGAGCCUGGCAGCCCUGUUGUCCUGAGCGUGUCCGACAGUGUCUUAGAGGCGAACUUUGUACUCGCUACUCUGUCUGAAGACACACACCAGCACAACCACAACAACAACAAAGCUAAUGGACCCCGUGCUGAACUCCCACCCGACGACUUUAUGUGCGAUGAUAUUGACUCGUAUCUCAUCGCCAUGGAGACCAGUGACCUCGCUGGCCCAUCCUACCAACCUCAACCUCAAACUUCCUCCACCAACCACAAAAACCGGUUGUCCAGCGAAGAGGAAGGCGAGGACGUGGAGACAGAGGAGGAGUCAGUGUUGGGACCACCCAAUAAAAAGUUCCGCUCACUUUUCUUCGGCUCCGUGAUACCGGCUUCGACUAAGGCAAACGAUCAGACAAUGCAGAGCCAGGAAGUGCUCGCCAGCGACAGUGAGGACGAGAGACAGUCGGAAUAAACUGCGCAGCAAAGAGCAAAAUGAAAUGAGAGAAAAAGAAAAACGGACGAUUCGUACCAAGGAACUACAUAAUGGAAAGUGUAUCCAUUUGGAACGUUCUUUGCAAUGCUUUUUUAAGUUUGAGUGUUUCAAGUGGUUUGUUUUUCAUUUUUUUUUAAGUAGAAUCAGUGGUGAAGCAGCCAAAACAAGACACAUUGCACCCGAAUCAUUGUACAUGUCAAUCUAUUUACUUUUGUGGUUUGAACACAGUGUAGUUCAUUCACUAAAAUUCACUUAAGGUGUGUUAGGAAAAGUAAUCUCUGUGCUAAACAAAAUCUUCUCCGAAUUCUUUCCUGACCUUGGAGCAUCCAUAAACUGCCAAUAAAAAUAUAAAUGAGAUA